GGGGCGGGGAGCUUUAUCGUGUAUCGCAACCGUGAAAGAGAACGCUAUAAAUUACCCAAAAAAACUGAAAUGAAAUGAAAUGAAAGUAGAGAGGUCUAUCUUGUUGUUCUGCUUCUCUGUUGCGAUAUUAGUCCCAGCGGUAGUAGUUGUAUCUCAAAUUCAAGCACAAGAAGAAGUGUUUAUUUGUAGCACAAACAUGGCUACUCUCGGAGGACUACACGAUUCUCAUUCAUCCAACCAGAACACCGCCGAUAUCGAUAAUCUCGCCCGAUUUGCCAUCCAAGAACACAACAAAAAAGAGAAUACACUCUUCGAGUUCGUGCGGGUGGUGAAGGCACAAGAACAGGUGGUUGCUGGUACGUUGCACCAUAUAACUCUCGAGGCUGUUGAUGCGGGUAAGAAGAAACUCUAUGAGGCAAAAGUUUGGGUGAAGCCAUGGAUGAACUUCAAGGAAUUGCAGGAAUUCAAGCAUGCUGGUGAUGUUGGUGACACUCCUGCAUUAACCCCGUCAGAUCUUGGUGUUAAGAAAGAUGGGCAUAGCCCAGGAUGGCAAGCAGUGCCAACACAUGAUCCUGUGGUUCAUGAUGCUGCGCAUCAUGCUGUGAAAACCAUCCAGCAGAGGGAUUCAAACUUGACUCUGCAGGAGAAGAUUAAAGAGUUGAAGGCUGAGAAGAAUGAGCUUCGUGACGAGAAGCAGAGGCUGAAGGCUGAGAAAGAGAGAUUCGAUAUCGGCGGUGUUCUGGUUGGACGAAUGAGAGUCGUGUAUUCCUCCGAGAGUAGCCAUGUUUGUGCUACAAAUAAAGCCUUCUUCUUGAGAUUGAAUUUGAGAUACAACUACCACCGCUGGGACUAA